AGAUGAAUCAGUCAUCGGUGGUAGACUUCAUUCUCUUGGGACUCACUAUCAAUCACUUUUGGGAGAUCAUUUUAUUCGUCAUUCUCUUUGUUGACUUCCUCCUGAUCCUCCUUGGAAACAUUGCUUACAUCCUCAUGUAUUUCUUUCUCAGGAAUUUCUCCCUUGUGGAAAUGCGUUUCACAUCUACGUUCAUGCCAAAGACGCUCUACAGCUUCCUCACAAUGGUGAGUUUCUUCUUGGUGUUCUCCCCACUGACAAUUAUACUGCAUUUGACAUUCUGCAGCCCUGAUGUCACCAACCACUUCUACUGUGCUAUAAUGCCACUGCUCCAGCUGUCCUGCACAGACACAGGCCUUGCUCAGAAAGUAAUGUUAGUGACAGGUGUUCUAAUAUUACCUGGCACCUUAUCAGUAAUCGUGUUUUCUUAUGCCUAUAUCAUCUACACUGUCACACACAUCCAGUCUUCAGCAAGCAGGAAAAAAGCCUUUUCCACAUGCUUUGCUCAUCUCAUUGUGGUCACUAUUCUGUGCAGCAGCUCCAUCUUCAGUUACAUCCGACCAAGACAGCGGGGUAGGAUGGAUUUUGACAAAGUUGUAUCUUUUCUCUACUGUGUGAUUACUCAGCUGUGUAACCCUUACACCUACACCCUUCAAAAUGAACAAGUCAAACAGGCCUUGAAAGAUAUG